AUGUUCCACACAGCUAGUGCUGCUUUUAAAGAAUGGCUAGAUGUUAAUAGUCGCUACCCAUUCAAUGAGAUUCGGAAGACCAGGCAGAGCUAUGAACUCAAAUAUGUUUUGUUGAUGGAUGAAACUGACAGGGCAAACAGGUACAGCCAGUACUUUUGCCUAAAGGUAAAGUACCUUCCCAGUGUCAUGAUUGAGCAACUCAUAAUGGAAGAAAAAGCUGUGCCCAUGACACCUGAUAUGACCUGGAUUCUGGAGACCAUGACUGGAUGGGGAGUGAGGCAGAGCUCUGAGUGGUACCAUGAAGUCCUUGCUCUGCUUGCUUUGACAGUGGAGGAAGGUGAUCCUGUAACAAAGAAAGAGUUGUGCAGGUUGAUAGUUAGACCACUUAUGAGAGAGGCACUCUAUAAUCAGUUUGGUGUGUGGCAGUGGGAGGCAAGAGAGCUCUUACUCUCAGAGUGGACUUACUGGUUCAACACAGAGUGCUGGAGAAAGCACAAGCACAAUUUGAGUGGAAUGGUUGUCAGUAGCCAGCAGUACAUUGCCCACAGGGCUGCAUUCACUGCUCAUCAUGGUGGCUAUUCUUUCCCAAUGUAUUAA